AUGAUCCUAAAUUCACCAGGGAGUGCUGGGAAUAGUCAUGUCCCCCUGCUGGGCCUGUUCCCCCCAGUGAUCUGUGUAUGUCCUUGCCAGGAAUGUGUUCCAGAAAACCUGGAACUGAAGAGGAAGAUUUUUGCUCAGUUAGAUGGAAUCAUUGGUGACGACGUGAUCCUCAGCAGCUCCACCUCAUGCCUCUUGCCUUCCAGGCUGUUUGCAGGACUGGUGCACGUGAAGCAGUGCCUUGUGGCGCACCCUGUGAAUCCUCCAUAUUAUGUCCCACUGGUGGAGCUGGUCCCGCAUCCAGAGACAGCCCCUGCAACAGUGGAUAGGACCUACGCCCUGAUGCAGAAGAUUGGACAGUCUCCGGUCAGGGUCCUGAAGGAGGUCGACGGCUUUGUCCUGAACCGCCUGCAAUAUGCGGUCAUCAGUGAGGCCUGGAGGCUGGUGCAGGAAGGAACGGUGUCUCCGACUGACCUGGACCUCGUCAUGUCUCACGGCCUCGGCCUGCGCUAUGCGUUCAUGGGACCCCUGGAAACCAUGCAUCUCAAUGCAGAAGGUAUGUUAAGCUACUGUGACAGAUAUGGAGAAAGCAUGAAACAUGUCCUCAAGACUUUCGGACCCAUUCCAGAGUUUUCUGGGGCCACAGUUGAAAAGGUUCAUCAGGCCAUGUGUAUGAAAGUCCCAGCUGACCCUGAGCACUUGGGUGCCAGGAGGCAGUGGAGAGAUCAGUGCCUCAUGAGGCUUGCCAACCUGAAGAGUCAGAUGCCGUCCCAGUGAAGUGCUGUAGAAUGCUGUCGCUCCCCUCAGCGGAAGUCCUAAUUGAUGGGAUCAUAAUUCACUUCUGAUUGUGCCUUGGAUGUGGGUACAAUUCAAAGUAGCGUUGAAUUCUCAGGGCUUUUGAUUUUCUGCCACCUGGGCAAGCAAAUCCUGUCAAGAUUAUCCCUUUUGAUUUUCAAGUGUGAUUAUGUAGCCUACAUUUUAUAGCUAAUGAUUGUUUCAAAUCAUUUUAAUCUGUAGCAAAAUAUUUUUUAAAUUAUUUCCAAUCUCUUUCUGAGUACUCUGUGGCCCUGCAUUUUUGAGACAACUAACUACUUUCACUUUGCCAGUGCUUAUUCUGAAUAAAAUUUUUUGAUUCCA